AUGUUGAUCGGUGGUGCAAUCGAUAAGUUCAAAGCUCGAUUGGUUAUACAAGGUUUUAGACAAAGGGAAGGCAUUGAUUAUUUUGAUACAUAUGCUCCUGUUGUCAGAAUCUCUUCUAUAAGGUUCUUGAUUGGUUUAGCAGCCAUUCAUGAUCUUGUGAUCCAUCAAAUGGAUGUUAAGACUGCAUUUUUAAAUGGUGUCUUGGAAGAAGAGGUGUAUAUGGAACAACCAGAGGGAUUUGUUGUGCCUGGAAGUGAGCACAAGGUGUGCAAGCUGGUGAAAUCACUGUAUGGGCUGAAACAAGCUCCUAAGCAAUGGCAUCAAAGAUUUGAUGAAGCUGUCUUGUCUUUUGGUUUUAAGAUUAACCAAUCAGAUAAGUGUUUAUAUAGCAAGUUUGAUGAUUCCAGUAAUGGAGUGAUCAUUUGUCUAUAUGUGGAUGACAUGUUGAUCUUUGGUACCAACCUUAGAUUAGUGGAACUCACAAAAGAGUUUUUGUCAUCAAAUUUCGCCAUGAAGGACAUGGGGGAGGCGGAUGUGAUUCUUGGUAUUAGAAUCAAGCGUGACAAUGGGAGGAUAUGUUUAUCACAAUCUCACUACGUUGAGAAAGUGUUAAAGAAGUUCAAUUACUUGAACUGUGCCCCUGCUGUAAAGCGUGUGCUCAAGUACUUGAGAGGAACCAUGGACUAUGGUUUGUGUUAUGGAGGAUUUCCUUCGGUUUUGGAAGGUUAUUCUGAUGCAAGUUGGAUCACCAACGUGGAAGAUCAUACUUCUACAAGUGGUUGGGUGUUCCUACUUGGGGGAGGUGCCAUUUCUUGGGCAUCUAAGAAACAAACUUGUAUCACAAGUUCGACUAUGGAAUCUGAGUUUGUGGCUUUGGCAGCUGCUGGUAGAGAGGCUGAGUGGUUGAGAAACCUUGUCUCUGAGAUUCCAUUGUGGUCGAAACCAGUGUCUCCUAUCUCAAUCCAUUGUGAUAGUCAAGCAACUUUGGCUAAGGCUUAUAGCCAAGUGUACAAUGGAAAGUCGAGACACCUUGGCGUAAGGCAUAGCGCUGUUCGUGAAUUGAUCACUCACGGUGUGAUAACUUUAGAGUUUGUUCGGUCUCAGCAGAAUCUAGCAGAUCACUUGACGAAGGGUCUGUCUAGGGACUUGGUAAUAAAGUCAGCUGAAGGGAUUGGUUUGAAGUCCAUCUCAAACCUCUAG